CUCCGCAUUCAAACGUUAAGCAUUUUAUGACAUUUCGAUGUGCAUGUGAUUUGCAUCCGGUCAUGUAAAAUUUCAAUUCUAGAGUGCCAAUGACUGCAGACAAUAGUCAGCUAGAUUCGUUCUCAAUCGGUAGUUUAGCUGGCUAACCAGUUACGCUUGUUUCCUUGUUUUAUAAACCUCAACACUGCGUCUGGUGUGGAGAAAAUAAUACAGUGGGAUAGAUGUGCAGUAGCAACAAGGAUCGUGAGAUGACCUUCAAAAAACAAAAACAAAAACCUUUUCAAUUUAAAUCAAAUUUAAGUGAAAGGCAAGCAGACAAAACGGAUGUGUAUACAAUAGAACAGCAGACUUCGUUGGUUUUCAGCUUCUGGUUUUAGCCGCACCCCUUUCGUUUGGAUACAAAACACAGAGAAAAUGGCGGAAUUUGAGGACGAAGGACUGCCCCAAACAUAGCAGGGAACCGAGAUGAAGAGGAGCCCCAAGAUACUGAUGACUAAGCCAAUCAAGAUCAAGUUACGAGGAAAAGCUAAUUGAAGAGGCAGAGGAGAUGGACACCCCAGAAGACCUGCAAGAUGACAACCUGAUCGAGUGGGAACACUUCCACAGUUCUAAUUAUGAGCAGCAAGAUGGACAUUUGGCAGUUAGGAGGAACAUAAUUUUAGAAUGAAAUAAAUUCAAACAAAGACAACAAGAAGCAGAAGAGACAGCUGAUGAUUUUAUCACUGCACUUAAUUGUUUAUCAGAACAUUGUGAUUAUGGAGCUCUGCUCAGUGAGAUAAGACACAGACUAGUCGCGGGAUUACUUGACAGAAGACUGUCUGAGCAAUUACAAAUAGACCGAGAACUAACACUGGAUAAAGCUGUCACAUGCAUUCGUCAAACUGAACUUGUGAAAAAGCAACAGGACCUGCCGGAGAAUAACUUUAAAGCUGCCAGCAGCUCGGCAUAUGUAGACAGUGUGCUUUCACAUAGCAGACAGCAAUGCCCAGCCAAUACCCAGUGCCAAUCAGAGAAGAAGAAUCAAAACUCAGAAAGACCACAACAUCCCCAAACAACGCAGGAGAAUGCAAAAGAGCCCAUAGAUACUGAUGAGGAUUUCAUUGAGGAUUUCAGUCCUGGAGGAGAAAAGCCUCACUACUGCUGCUACUGCGGUAGCAGCUUUCAAAAGGUGAGGGAUCUAAUAAGACACCAGCGAUCACAUACUGGAGAGAAGCCUCAGCACUGCUCUGAUUGUGACAGAAGUUUUGCUCGAUUAGAUAAGCUUAAGUCACACCAAAAGAUACAUACAAAAAACUAACUUAAUUUUCACUUCACUGUCUCUGUGGAAGGCUUUGUGCUAUUUGAGAAGCUUGAAAAACAACAGCUGGAGAAUACCUUCAAAGCUACCAGUUGUGUGGCAAAUGUAGAUCGUGUGCUCACACAGCAGAGAACAUUCAGCAAAGUCAACGAGAGUAAAAGGCAGCAGAGUAAAAUACGAGCUAGAGCUCCAGGAAAGGGAACACCAUCACAUAGCAAAACAAUGCAGGAGAAGGAAGAGGAGCCCCUAGAUACUGAUGACUCUGAUGAGUGGAUCGACGGUUUCAGUCCUGGAGGAGAGAAGCCUCACUACUGCUCCGACUGCGGUAGCAGCUUUCAAAAGGUGAGGGAUCUAAUAAGACACCAGCGAACACAUACUGGAGAGAAGCCUCACCACUGCCCUAUUUGUGACAGAAGUUUUGCUCGAUUAGAUAAGCUUAAGUUACAUAAAAACAUGCAUAUGAAAGAGGAACAUGUCACACGGACCGAACAAACUGAACUGAAUGUAGACUGUGUGCACACACAGCAGAGAACAGCCAGCAAAGGCAGGCAGAAUAGUAAAAUACGAGCAGGAAAAAUGGGCCAGUCACAGCCAGGAAAAAACUUGUCUUGCAAAAGUUCAGUUGGAAAGAAUCAACACUCAAAACUGCAACUACCCCAAACAAUGCAGGAGAAUGAAGAGGAUGCUGAAGAUACUUCUGAUGACUGGACCGAGAGUUUCAGUACUGUAGAGAAGCCCUACGUCUGCUCCAACUGUGGUAAGAGCUUCAAACAAGAGAAUCGUCUUAUAAGACAUCAGCGAACACAUACAGGAGAGAAGCCUUACAACUGCCCUGACUGUGAAAAAAGUUUUGCUCGAUUAGAUAAUCUUAAAUUGCACCAAAAAACACAUAUGAAGGAGGAACGUAAUUUCCACUGCUCUGACUGUGUGAAAAGCUUUGUCCGAUUGAAGCAGCUUGAAAAACAUCAGCUAAGACACAAGAAAAGUGUUGAAAGACACACAACACAUUUGAGCAAAAGAAAAACAUUUCUCUGCACAAUAUGCGGGAAGGAGUGUCGCAACAUGAAAAUACACAUGCGAGUACACACUGGAGAGACACCGUAUCACUGCACUGAAUGCGGGAAGAGUUUUCCAUAUACAAAAUCGUAUCAAAGACAUAUACUAACACAUAAUACCUCUGGAGAAAGAGCAACCUAUCCUUGUUUGGAAUGUGGAAAGACUUUUACUCGCAGAGAUGGCAUGGCGAGACACAUGAGGAGGAUUCAUACUGGAGAGAGAAAUCAUCAGUGCAGAGACUGUGGAAAACUAUUCUUUCGAAAAGAGACACUGAAGAGACACAUGCUAGUUCACACUGGAGAGAAACCAUACCAGUGCUCUGUCUGUGGGCAACCCUUCUCCCAAGAUGGAGACAGAAAACGUCACGAGAAGAGGCACUACUCUGGUGUCUCAGAUUUCCCUCAAUCUAUAAUGCAGAAGUGUUGCAGGUAGCCUAGCGGUUAAGUGUUGGGCCAGUAAAAGGUUGCUGUUUCGAAUCCCCAAGCUGACUAGGUGAAGAAUCAGUCGGUGCCCUUAAGUAAGGCACUUAAUCCUAAUUGCUAAAUGACAAAAAUGUAAUGUAAAAUGUAUUUGGCAUUGCAGGAAGUGGGAACCUACCUAAUCACUGUGAUUUGAUAAUCUAAUAAUCUGUUAACUACAAAUGUUGGUGGCCUGGAAUUGCCACCACAGACUGUAGAAGAGACACACAGACAGACUGCUGCUGAUACACAGCAAGACUGAGUAUUACUGUCUUCAUAGCAGUAUUUUUUUUUUUUCAAAAGUCGGUUAUUUAAAAUCAAGGAUUGGAACAGGUUCAGGGAACAGAACCAAAAACCGGAAAAUAACCAAAUUAUUUGAGCAACCCAAACCGAAAACAAAAGUAAUCUAUACUGUUCCUGGAAGAGAACCAUUAUUUUAAAAGCAUGGGAACCGGUUAAUAACAUUAUUUUACGUUCCGGGCAUUUUUUUCCAGUGCCACAAAAAUCGCAAACAAAGUGCAUAUGCAAAGCCCUUACUCUGUCACUCAGAAACGUAUUCCAGCGUCUGCCUGCCAGCUGGAAAUCUUUGCCAGUGGGUGUGUGUAGUAUACCUGCCCCUCCCCUCUGAAGCAUAGGUUACUGUAGCCUACUGAUGACGUUACAAGCAUAAUUCAGAAAAUAGGGAGAGCUGUUUAGUUAAAGAAUGGAUUGAUUUAUUCAAUUGGUCGGAACAGUAAAAAAAAAAAAAGGUUAUGUUCAGAACGAAACGAUUGGAAAAUAAUUUCGGUUACAACCCAUGUUUUUAA